UUGUCAGCUGUCAAAAAAUGUCUGAAGUUUUUAACGUCAGUCAGUGAAUAAAAUGCCGAAAAAAUGAGUUGGUGAUACAUAAAUAUAUUUUUGUGUGGUGUUAGCGGUUGGUAUUGUCGAAUUGUCUAAUGAAUCGGAAUUGUAAAUUUGAAACAUGUUUCAUUCAACGUUGACCACAUUUUUAUUAGUUGUUCCAUUAGCCGUUUUAACCUAUGCAUUCGAUACAUUUUCCGAAGAACUGCUCCUAAAACCCCUGGGCAACGAUCAUUUAUAUGCCCACUUUCAGUUUGCAACAAAAUGGGAUACAGACCCAGAACAAGAAUCAUUUCGACACACUCACAUGUUCCCCCGAGCACUAGGUGAAAUAGUCGCACGUUACAAUGUACAGGAAUUGCACGUAAGUUUAACCGCUGGCCUGUGGAUGUAUGAAACGUGGGGUUACCCCAUAAUGGAUGCAGCACCAGGAGCUGAAUUAUGGGUUUGGUUUAAAGAAGAUACCGAGAACGUUGAUAAAAACUGGAAGGAAUUAGCGAGCUCACUAUCUGGCUUACUGUGUGCAAGUUUAAACUUCAUAGAUAAAACCAACAGCAUAAAUCCAGAGUACACUUUUAAGCCUAGAGGGGCAGUUUCUUCUCCUACCAUAAACUCAACUUUCGUCAGAUAUUCCAGUCUUCCACGUGAAAUUGUUUGCACAGAAAAUUUAACACCAUUGAAGAAACUGCUCCCUUGCGAAGCAAAACAAGGUUUAGGGUCUUUACUAAAUGCAGGUCACAUUUACAACACCCGCUACCAUUCCAUGGCAAUUCACAUGCGUCCAAUCUGCCGUGACAGUUCGUGUGAAUCCGUCUCUUUAGAAUUGCAACAGUCCGUUUCCCUAGUUUACGAUCUCCUAAUUUUGGAAGCAAAACACUGGUCCUUUAGAAAAUUGUUCGGACAAGGUGUAAUAGGACGAUGCGUUUUGGCGGAAACCGCCACCAUUUAUGUGGAUACCACCAACAAUGAAAGUGUUCCAUUCCAACUAAAACCAGAUCCUGAUGAAUACGUCACCUCAUUUCGCGGCGGAUACGUUCAUACGUACGCAAAAUAUGACGUACAAUCUUACGUGAUGAGUCUCAACGCAAACUAUUUAGGAAAGAAUAAAGUGGUCUUAAACUCUCCUCCGGCGAUCUAUGCCAAUCAGUACAUAACAGGUUAUGGUCAAGAACGAGGAGGAAUUGUUACAACGAUCUACAACAACCACUGGAGCCCUUUAGAUGUUGUAUUUCUUCAGAACAUUCCAUGGUAUGUGCCUAUUUAUCUCCACACUUUAAAAAUCGACGCUGGCGGUGUUAGGAUAGAACCCACUCGAAUUCACUACAUUCCCGGCCGCCAGAGGGAGCGACCUUACCACCUCGAAGUACUCGUUAAGCUGCCUGCUCGCUCCAUCACAUCACUUUCAAUAGAUUUCGAUUACGUAUUUUUAAAAUGGCAGGAGUACCCACCAGAUGCUAAUCACGGGUUUUAUAUUGGUUCUGCGGUAGUUUCGACGAUUUUGCCGUUGGCUCGAAAUUACACCGGUUUGCCACAAGAUAGCUCCACGAUUUCUGAUAGUUUUAAUGCCUCAAGAAGUGGUUAUUUAGUUCAAAUGAGGACAGAAAGUACGGUGAUCACGUUGCCUACGCCCGAUUUUAGUAUGCCGUACAACGUAAUUUGUCUAGCUUGUACGGUAGUAGCAUUGGCGUUUGGACCUUUGCAUAACAUUACUACUAAAAGAUUAAUUUUAAUUGUUAAGGAUAAUGAGCACUUUAUAGUUAAAUUGAAGAAUAAAGUUGUUGGGAUAUGGACUAGAAGAACAAGCGAGUGAAAUAAAAGUGUUCGCUAGUUGUGAAUUUUUAUUGUGGUAUUAGUGUGUUUUUUUUCAUAUCCAAAGACUAGUUUUUUAUAAAAUAAAAAGCAAACAGUGUGA